UCACUGUCCCCACACUUAGCCAAAUCAAACAUCUCCUUAAUUUAUAGAUGAGGAACACAACACAUAUGGUUUGAGCCAUCUCUUUAUUGGAUACAUGGAGAGGCACCAAAAUAACAAAGAAGAAGAAGAAGAAGAGAUUAGGCUCUCAAUAUGGGAUUGUGGGAGCCCUUUAUAUGACUCCUAUGAGCUUGCCUCUCUUUGUAGCCUCAUCGACCGCCACGUCGUAGCAUUGCCGUCGUUCUCGGAGGGCUCUGGUGCAAAGUUUGCCGGCCGGUCGCGAGGAGAGUUUAGCGAGAGCGCGAGGAGAAGGAAGUUGAUGGUUGUUGCGCGGAAGGAGAAGAUAGAGGAGGAGGAGAAGAAGAUGAGUAAGGCGCGAUUGCGCGCUGUUUUCAAAGCCAUUGUUUUCUGGAGAAGAUUAUAAGAGGUUUAGUCUUUGCCACUCUGAACAUCUUACAUGUACUAGGAGCCAAUACAUAUAUAACUUUGUUAAGAAUCUAAAAGGGAGGCGUGUUUAUAUAUCUUUGUUGAAGAAAAAGAAAAAAUAAAAGGGGUGAAAAUGAGAGAUGUAAAGAGGAAUGAUGGAUAUGUGGAUUUUUCUGCCUCUUUUUUUUUUUUUCCCCAGCAAAAAAGAUUAUAUGAUCUAAUGUUGUAAUGGAAGAUAAUAAUAACAGGAGCCAUUCAUUUA